AUGGCGUGGGUGCGCUCUGCGUGGCUGCUGGUGACUUGGGUCGUCGCCACCUGCUCCGCCGGAGCAGGCUCGAGUCAUGCCGCACUGGCAACAAUCUUCGACCCGGGCAGCUUGGCCGCUGAGGAGAAUAUGGAGAACAACCCUGAAGAGCUGAAACUCCUGCAGGCGCGUGCCUCCCGUGGCCAUGCGCAGUCGGCGCCCGAGGUCAAGCUUGAGCAGCGCGAGAUUGCCUCCGGCAAUGUGACGGUGCCCGGCGUGGUCUUGGAGCUGGUGUCCGGGAACUUGUCGAUGGUCCUUGAGGCCAUUACCAUCAAAGGAGGCUUGAUCCAAAGCUUCAGCCUCAACAACCGGAGCAUCCUCCUGAAGCGCCCCUACGUGGACCAGAUGGACGGGUGCGUGUUCUGGCCCAGCCCUCAGUCUGCUUGGGGCUGGCCACCCCCUUCGGCCAUUGACCCCACGCCCUCGAAGGACUUCGACACUUCGUACGACUUGCGCCUUUCUGAGCUCAAGCAUAGCUUCGAGCUUGUGAGCCCGGUGUGGAAGGACCACAACAUGACCGUGUCCAAGAAGGUCUCGGUCGACGCGUCGCGGAUGUCCUUCAUCAUCGACUACGGGAUUCACGUCGGCGGGGCGGGAGGGAAGUGGGCCCCAUGGGAGAUUGCAAGGGUCCCACCUUCUGGCCUCACCUUCUUUAAGACGGGUUCCGAACAGAAUUCCGGAAGCUGGCCUCCGCUGCUCUUGCAGCACAUUGGGGGCGUGACGUGGUUCUUGCAGAAGGGUGACGCGUCAUCCGGGAAGUUGUUUGCCAGCACAGUGCCAUCUACACCUUCGGGGCUCUCAUGGCUAGCCCACACGGACGGCGUGCUGCUCUUCGUGAAAUGCUUCCGUCACUUGCCCGAUGGGAUGCACGCCCCAGGUGAGCUACAGAUCGAGAUUUACGACGGCGUCGACUAUGUAGAGAUGGAGCAGCAGGGUGCACAUGAGGAGCUUCUUCCUGGCGAGUCGAUCACUUGGACUGUCGAGUGGUUCCUCCGUGAGAUGCCCCCUGGAGCAGUCGCGACUCCAGGGGACAAGAUCCUCAUGGACUCUGUGGAGGACAUGUGCAAAUGA